AUGGACCGGCAAAGUAAAGGCCCAGAACACUCAAAAGAAGUGCCAGAAGAUACCAAGCCUGAAAAUACCAGCCAGGAGCUUGCAAACGGCAACAAGACAGAAGGGGAACAGGAUGAUAACAACAAUGCUGGAGAUCAGCGUAAAGCUCCCUCACGAGCCACACAGCAUUCAGGUUAUGGUAGGUCCAUCCUUGUCUCAGUAUAUAUAUAUUCACUCAGUGGUUUACCUAACGGUCAAUUGCAGGUAUCCAGCCAAGAACAAGUCCAGGAUGUUCGCCAAUCAAUUGUCGAACUGCCAGGUACUUUCCAGUACACCUGCUUCCACCUGGAGACUGAGGGAAACCGAAUCAAUGAUUAUGUCGAGCUAUCCGAGGUAAAGGGCCUCAAAGCCGACUCCGAAGUCGUCCUGAUCGAAGAUCCCUAUACCGAGAAGGAGGCCAGGAUGCACGUUGUUAGAAUCAGAGAGCUGAUCGGCGCUGCCGGUAACCGUGUUGAUACAUUGCAUGGCCUUUCCGCUGGCCUGUCUUUGUAUGACUCUGUUGCUGCUGGCGAAGGACUUCCUGAAGAGGCUAAGAAGACUCAUGCACUUGAUGGUUAUGAUGUCAAUGCUCCUUUGGACCUGGCAACUGUUCUUCCAAAGGACCAGUCCGCCGUACCAAAGACCGUCAGAUCUGUGUCUCUUUCCCCGUGGAACCCUCCACCAUACCAUCUCCGCCAAAAGGGACACCUCCUGUACCUGUUGGUGACCACAAACGAAGGCGAACAGCACCAGAUUACAUCCCAUGUCUCUGGAUUCUACGUGAACAAGUGCUCCAACUCGAAAUUCGAUCCUUUCCCCCGGCCUGCUCCCAAGAAUUACAGCGCACACUCAUUAUUAACCCUGAUAUCUCUUAUCUCUCCAUCGUUUAACGAGUCCUUCAAGGCUCUCCAGGAGUACAACAACAAAAAGGACCUCCUUACUACAUUCCCCUUCCAAAACUCGAUACCGAACAACCCAUGGCUUGUACCCGCAUCGCAGAGUCAGGCGACGGCGCACAUAUCGGAUGCUACCCGUUCUCAGGAGAACUACUUGAUUGCGGGCAUUGAUAACUCCGAGACCUUGAGAGACUGGAACGAGGAAUUCCAGACUACCAGAGAGCUUCCCCGGGAAAACGUCCAGGAGAAGGUUUUCAGGGAAAGAUUAACCUCUAAACUCUUUGCUGACUAUAACGAUGCUGCCGUUCGUGGCGCCAUCUUGGUCGCUAGGGGCGAGGUUGCGUCCUUGAACCCAAUGGAGGCCAGGGAUGCCCAGAUCUUUGUUUAUAACAACAUCUUCUUUUCCUUUGGUGCGGACGGUGUCGGCACCUUUGCUGCCGAGGGUGGCGACGAAGCUGCCCGUAUCGCAGUUGGAAAGGAUGUCAUGGGUGUCAAGACUGUUAACCAACUUGACAUUCCUGGGCUUUUCACCCCGGGAACUGUCGUUGUUGACUACCUCGGCAAACGUAUUGUUGGCCAGAGUAUUGUUCCUGGUAUCUUUAAGCACCGCGAGCCCGGUGAGCACCAGAUUGAUUACGGUGGUGUUGAGGGCAAGGAUGUUGUCGCGAAGAAUGAGGCUUUCACUCCUGUUUUCGAGAAGCUUUCCAAGGCCCUCCGUGUCAAGAAGCAUGCUGUCUGGGAUAAAGAUGGCGUACGACAUGAAUUGGAGGGCAGUGUUGAGACCAAGGGUCUCCUUGGUACCGAUGGUCGUAAAUAUGUUCUCGACCUUUACCGUAUUACUCCACUCGACAUCUCUUGGACUGAGGAUGCCGAAGGACAUGAUGAAUACCCCCACCGAAUGCCGGUGCUCCGCCACGAGCUCGUAGAGGCGUACUGGAGAUACAAGAUGGGACAAUAUGUCAAGGAGGAAGUUGAAAAGCGCAGAGCCACUGCUAAGGAGACUAAGGCUGUCGAGAAUGGUGAGGGUGGUGAUGCCGAGAAGAAAGACAACUCUGACCAGGAGAGAGUUGACAUUUCCAACUUCCGCCUGGCGUUGAACCCUGACGUUUUCAGCGGUCAGGUCCCACAGACUGAGGAGGAGAAGGAAGAAUGGGCACGAGACGAGAAGGAAGUUCGUGAUGCUUGCGACCACCUCAGAUCAAAGGCACUACCAGAGCUAGUCAAGGAUCUUUACAACGGUGAAGUUGGCUUCCCGAUGGAUGGUCAAUCCCUCGGCCAACUCCUCCACAAACGUGGUAUCAACAUCAGAUACCUCGGAAAAGUAGCACAGCUCGCCCAAGAAAAGGGAUCUAGACUUCAAUCUCUCGUUGCUCUCGUGGUGCAGGAUAUGGUUGCUCGUUCAUUCAAGCAUAUUGCUAACCGUUACCUCCGAAACCUUCCGCCACCAUUUGCCACUGCCUGUAUCGCCCAUCUGCUCAACUGUUUGCUAGGUACAGAAGUCAACUCAAAGCCUCGUGCUGAGAUUGAUGAGUCUCUCAGAGCAAUUUACCCAGAAGGCGACUUCUCGUUUGAGGAGGUUACUCCUGCAUCCCUUGCUGCAGACAUCGAGAAGCAGGUUAAAUCUCGUUACAGAUAUACACUUGAGGCCAGCUGGACUGGAAGCUUGAAGCAUUUCCAAGUUCUACGAGAUAUCUCACUCAAGCUUGGUCUUCAGCUUGUUGCUAAGGAGUAUGCCUUCAGCAAAUCCCAAGUUAAAGAACAAUCUCCCGCAGGAAACGGAGCUCACAGUGACUCUCAGGAUGAGAAGAAAAAGAAGAAGAAGAAGGGCUCAUCUGCAGCUGCUGCUACCCCUGCGCCCGCACCUGCUCUCACUUUUGUGCCCGAUGACAUUGUGAACAUCGUUCCAAUUGUGAAGGAUGCUUCUCCUCGUAGUGCCCUUGCCGAGGAGGCAUUUGAAGCCGGCCGAAUUUCUCUUAUGCAGAACCAGAAGGAACUUGGCCAAGAACUUAUCUUGGAGUCUCUAUCUCUCCAUGAGCAGAUCUACGGCAUCCUUCACCCCGAGGUGGCCAAGCUAUACCAUCAACUAUCCAUGGUUUACUACCAAACUGAUGAGAAGGAUGCUGCCGUGGAACUAGCUCGCAAGGCGGUUAUUGUCACUGAGCGAACAAUGGGAGUUGACUCUUCCGAUGCCAUCCUCAGCUACCUCAACCUGUCACUGUUUGAGCAUGCCAACGGAAAUACUCAGACUGCCCUAGUUUACAUCAGACAUGCUUUGGAGCUGUGGAAGAUCGUCUAUGGCCCAAGCCACCCUGACUCUAUCACCACAAUGAACAACGCCGCAGUUAUGCUCCAGCACUUGAAAAAGUACCCAGACUCUCGCAAAUGGUUCGAGUCUUCUCUCGCUGUUUGCGACGAAUUGUUUGGAAGACAAUCUGUCAACACUGCUACAUUGCUCUUCCAGCUUGCUCAAGCUCUUGCACUCGAUCAAGACUCCAAGUCUGCCGUUAACCGUAUGCGUGAAGCUUACAAUAUCUUCCUCAACGAGCUUGGCCCCGAGGAUCGCAACACCAAGGAGGCCGAGAGCUGGCUCGAGCAACUCACCCAGAAUGCUGUCUCUAUCGCUAAGCGUGCAAAGGAUAUCCAAGCUCGCAGACGGCGCCUUGUAAACUUGCCUGGCCGCUCAUCUCUUACCGCCCAAGCCCAGCCUUCAGUAGGACAAACCACAUCUGAGAUGGUUGCUGGUGUCGACGGUGCGAACCCAAGCUUGGAUUCCCGAAGCAUCGACGAGCUCUUGAAGUUCAUUGAGGGAGGCGAUGCUGCUCGCUCAAAGCCAAAAAAGAGAACUACUCGCAAUCCUAAACUUCGUGGCUCGAAACAGACUUCUGUUAAGCCAUAA